AUGAGAAAAAAACCUAGUUCUCCCUAUGCUGAAUUAAUUGAAGCAAAUAAAAAAAUAUUAUAAGAAGAUGGCAAAUAUUUGGAUUACUCCAACUUACCUAAACCUUAUAGUUAAUCAUUUUAACAACUAACUUAAUUUCGUAUUCCAUAAUAUUUUGAGUUAUUACAUCGUAAGAAUUAAAAGAAAACUGAAAUUCAUCAAGAAUUCAACUAACCUAAUGUCAACCAAAACAAUAAUUCAACUGAACGUACUCUUAUUUAAUAGUUUAGCAUAUCUAAAAAGAUAACAAUAGAAAAUAAUAAAAAGAAAGCCCUUUUCGAUGAGUAGGUUUUAAACUGCAUAAUUGGAAAGGUAUAUAGUAUACAGAAAUAAGUAAUUAGAUCUCAUCAGGUUCUUUUAAUAGAGCAAAUUAUACCCUCAAUAAAAUCUUAAGUAGUCUCCCUAUGAGCCAAUUACAUUAAAUUCACGAGGCAAAGCAGGAAAAUAUCUAGGCUCUGAUUUAAAAAAGAACUAAUAAAUAGAUGAGAAUGGUUACGCCUAAAUAUAAUCUUAGAACAGACUCCUAAAUGGCAAAAUUUUUUGGAUCAUCAAGUAUUACUCUAGAAAUUAUUUAGAUAUUUUCCCUACUUUAUCUACCUUUAGACUAAAAACCCUUUAAUGA